UUUUUUUUUUGUUUCUUCUUCAUUGUUCAUCCUUUUUGAUCCAAUCAUGGUCAAGUUCUAUCAGCAUACUUCCUCAUUUGAACAUGCAUGGGACAAUGUCACCUAUGCCUUCUGGCUUCGCUAUCCAAACCCUUUUGCUUCUCAUGUCGUUGGUUGUGAUGUCAUCGACCGUCAAGUAGAUCCCGAAACUGGUGUCUUGCGUACCACUCGAUUGAUUCUCAAGCAAGGUGUACUUCCUCGAUGGGGACGACAUUUGAUCAAGAACUCUGAUGCAUACAUCAUUGAAGAAUCUGAGGUCGACCCGCGCACACAGACCAUGGUCACUCGCACCAAGAACCUUAACCAUGUGAGGGUGAUGCAGGUUGAGGAAACCCAGAUCUUCACAGUCCACCCUGAGAAUCCAAAAUGGACUCAAGUCAAGACAGAGGCAAGGAUCAUCAGUGAACUGCGCUGGGGUUUAACAGGACGAGUCGAGUCGUUUGGCAUCAACAAGUUCAUGGACAACUCUGUACGGGCAAGGAAAGGAAUGGCCCAUAUCCUGGAACGCCUUCGACAAAACGCUGCUCUUGCAGGUACACCCGUUGUAGGAGCUGCCACUACUCCUGCUGAUUGCUAAACAAAAAAGAGAAUGAAAAACAAAAUCAAAAUCAAAAUCAAAAUCAAAAAAAAAAAAAAAACUUUUGUUUCCCUCAUUUGAAUUUGAUAUCGCAACAGUAUUCAAGCAAGAGAGAUAUGUCAAUGUUUUUUCACCAUCGCCCUCUUCAUCUCUUCAGAUUCACAUUGUAUAAUAUACUGUCGUCCUCUCUGUCUGUCUCUUCAUCCUUUUAACCAUUUAUUUUUGCUGUCGCUGCCCCAUUCGAAACCAAGGACAUAUUCAAGGGCAAACAAUACCUGCAAAACCCAUGACAAAGAUUGUCAUUCAUGGAAAGGAAAAAAAGACAGAAUUCUAG